AUGUCAUCAUCCAGCACCGGAAUCGCAUCGACACCGUCUACUUCCCAAGAGACUCAGACGCCCGAGUCCACUGAGGCGUCGCCUUCCACCACUGAGUCAGAAGAGGAUGGCGCUGAAGCAACGGAGUCUCCCGAUGUCGAAGACGCCGCCAUCAUCAACCGGGGCCAGCAUACGCUUGGCAUGACAGUCCUUGCUGUAGCUACAACACUUAGCCUCUUGGCUUGGCUUUAG